CAAUCUGCAACAAUAAAUGUCACUAUUUAUCCGUCCAACUUUAGGGUUGCGAAUCACGGGGGUGACAGGUGUCAACAAAAAUAAGAUUUCGGAUUACGGUUGUGAUAGUAGUUGGCUCAGCGGAUGACCGAUGUUUCGAUCUGCGAAAAGUAUGUUAAGAAAAAGUUUAUGGACUCACAUUUUAGAAAUGUAUUGUCCACAUCGGUCGUCAUCUCCUUUUUAGGAUAUAAUAAUUUGCGUAACAUUUACAAUGGGGCCUUCCCAAGAUCAGUUAACCUCGGACGUUACCGUUAAAUUCUUGAUCCUCACGAAAAAUUUGUUGUCCGCUACCCAGGGCAGAAGUUGUGAUAAAGGAUUGAUCAAUUCUUACCUCAAUGAUAUAAAUGUUUUGGAUUAUAAGAGCACAAUUUCCUUUGACAGUAACGCGACGUCACUUCUAGUGAAUCAAUUAUGCUCUGUUGUACGUACGUCAGAGUUAGAGCUUGUGAAAAGCACAAGCCAAUUCUUAGUCAAUUUGGUUCGGUGCGGGCAAAGAUUUCAUGGGAGAACAUUUGUCGCAUGCAAAAGUUGGAUCCUGGAGUGUCUUGAGUUUGCAGAUGAAACAGCCUACGAAGAUCUCCUCCUCGCUCUACAGAGUCUAUUGCGCACUGGACCAUUCGAUAUAAUUAAUCAAGACCUGAGGAAGCUGAUUGGAAAUGGUGGAGUGCUUCUCAAGUUUGUUCCCAUUACCAAUGAGUGGACGGAAACCCAGUACCUUGCUAUAUGUUGUCUGGAAGCUAUCCUCACCAACAAAGAAACAAACUCGGCUAAAGUAUUGCCAGAAUUUCCUCCGAUCCUCCGAAACAUUGCCCUUGAUAUGAUUUCCUUGGUAUCAUACGACAGUCAGAAUAAACAAUAUUACAACAAGAUUGUAGGAUCGUGCCUGCGUGUUUUACGCCAUAUCGUCAAUGACAAAAGCAUUACAAAUAGCACUGAUCAACUUGGUAAAAUUCUUGGAGUAGUUCAGAGUUGUAUGCUCCAUGGGGUCAAGGGUUACCCACCCAUGCAGGCUCAGCAUUUACGACCAGCUGCCAUGAACCUCCCUGAGGCAAUGCAUUCCGCACCCAAGGGAAAAUAUUUAAGAUUUCACAAAUCCAAGUCCAGACGGCACCAGCCAAAAAAGGAUACGUCAGACACAUCGGGAAACAGUAUUCCCCAAAGCAAGGUGUAUGGUAACAAUUAUCUCAGCGAUUCUGAUACCUCUGAUACAGAGGCAGCAGCGAAUCCAACGCAGAUUGAGUCAAAAGUUCGCCUCGAAGCUCUUCAGCUGUUGAAUUCCAUUGUUCAGAACACACCCAGCCGCGACAUAUUCGGCUAUUGGCCUCAGUUGGUUGCCAGUGGUUCUCGAGCAGAUGCCCGGGUGCUCACGAGAGUCAUUUUAAAAGAGCCCGUGUCCAAAGUACGGCAAAUUGCCUUAACCACUCUCACCGAGUUGCUUGUAGGAGCUAAGCUAUUUUUGAUGCACGCCGAAGAUGUAGAAAGAUCUUCUUUCCUCACAUUUUUUGGCACCGUCGGUGCCAUGAUCCGAGAACUGCAUUCUUCGCUCUCACUACUCCUGAGCACAGAAAGAAAUAUCGCAGUUUUAACACAUGCUUUGAAAUGUUCCGCAGCCUUGGCACAAGGCACGCCCUACAGUCGGCUGAAGCCGGGCCUGGCCACCAAGUUGAUUAGGAAUUGCAGACUGCAAAUUUAUAACAAAGGUCCUACAGUAAGAGUAGCUGCUUUGUCAGUCUUUGAAGCACUUGCUACGUCAGAUCCAACAACCCCUGAGAUACUAAAUAUAUUCCUGAAGCAAUCCAGAUCUGAUACAGACACAGAGCUAUCACAGUUCAAUACAAGUGCCACUAGCGACAAUGGGACAGAAAAUGAAGUAGAGUUCCAAGAUAUUGAGGAUGAGGCCGAUUACGAAGCUGAGUAUACUUGUGACGAGAACUUACAGGAGAAAGAAAUAAGCUCGUUGCUUUACGCAUGUUUGAAAAACGUGUCUAGCGAAGCUGUCAAUGCUCCUGUUCGAUUAGGGUCUGUGAAGUUGAUUGGUGCACUGGCCUUUCAUGCUGAAAGGGUUGUGUUUCCUCAUCUUGAUAUUGUGACAUCCGCACUAAUCGCUGUAGCAUUUCAAUCCGACGUAUUACUUGCACUGCACGCAGGCCGUGUCAUCGAAACAAUAGCUGGCUGCCUGGCAAAGUCUACAUCGAGUAAUGCGAAUGAUCAGAUGUUCUGGAACAUAGUAUUCGACCCUGUUACCAAACUUGCUCAGAAUUCACAGACCACUUUGAGAGAAGUCGCUUGCGAUUGUCUGGGAAACAUCGGCUCUAAUACUUUGUCACUGCUACCUAGAGAACGCAGUAUAAUGAUAAUCACAACAUUAUUCGGAGCUGCUCGAGACGAGGAAAGUGCUGUGAGGGCAGCUGCUCUCAGGGCGCUAGGUAUGCUCGUGGAAUUGCCGUCUAUAGAGGAUGACGUAGGGUUCCUCAUGGACUUGGUUGACGUUGUCUGUUGUGCCUUGAAUGACCAGAACCUUGGAGUCAGAGUGAAAGCGGCUUGGACAGCAGCGAAUCUCUGUGAUUGUUUAGUGAGGCAAGAGGAGAAUGAAAAAUCUGAACCGAUUCCAAUAGAAGAUGUAUUGAUGCGUCUUUACGUGGCCAGUGUAAAAGCUUCGAAAGAUCAUGACAAAGUGAAAUGCAACGCUGUCAGAGCUGUGGGCAGUACUCUUUACUUGUGCCCUGAAAAAGAAAUCUUGAAAGAUACUUCACAGGGAUUAGAUGCGCUCGUAAACUGCGCGAUUACAGGAAAUGAUAUGAAGGUGCGGUGGAAUUCCUGUCGUGCUUUAGGUUUUGUUCUCAGUCAUGAUCCAGACCGAAUUCUUCCUUUGUCAUGGAGGGACCAAGUAUUUCCAGCUCUCAGUAGCCUGAUUUGUCUGAGUCCUAACUUCAAGGUUCGCACUAACGCCGCAUGGGCACUUUCGGCCUGUCAAUCAUAUGGAAAACAUAUCUUGCCGCUUUGGAAAAGUAUUGUGUCAGCAUUAGAGAACUCUCAGCAUGUGCCGAGUUAUGUCGAAUACUCUCAUCGAGACGCUCUCAUUCAACAGCUUUGUCUCACACUGAGUCAUCUAGCUGUUCAUACCACAGCUGCAGAGUUACCUGCGCUAUGGGAAGAGAUCAGAGACCAUAUUGAAGAUACAUCAGUCCAAAUGAAACAAUUUCAGGAACGUGUCCUGCCUGAGAAAGCAGGGGAUCUAAUCAAGGCCAAGGAGCAAAUGAUCAGACAUGCUCAAACUGCCCCAACUUCCCACGAGAGACAUAUUGCUAACGCAUUGAUGCAAAUAUUCGAACGAGCGGACUGCUACGAUAAUUUUGAUGUCAGUUCUAUAAUAAAUUGAUCAAAAAGUUGACCCUGAUCCUCCAGUAGUGAAUUUUGCCAUUAUAACAAUAGAAGAGCCAGACAAUGGAGAAAUUUUAUGUACAUACGGAUUUUAUUGUGCAACACAACCAAUACCCUCACUCAGCCAUAACUCAGAAUUUCGAAGAAUAAUUCAGUCCAGGCUUUAGAUGUUGAAUCGAGAAUAGUUUGUGAAUAAUUCAUGUAAUGUAUAAAAAUAAAACUUACACAUUCAUCAUCAUG